UACCAGAAAAAUUAAACAACAAAGCAGGGUGGACUCCGCCUACGAAAUUGAUUCCUCUUUGCUUCUCUAUCGACGUAUCGACGAAAACCUUUUUACGAUGCACUAAGAUUUUUGAUCUCAGAUUUUUCCCUCCGUCGUAUCGUAAAAUCUCAGGUGUCCUCUUUCAGCUGCUACCUUGCUGAAGGACUGGUGUGAUUAUGACGAUGUCCCAGAUGAAGACCAUCGAGUUGGAGGAAGGAUGGAGUUUCAUGCAGACUGGCAUACAGAAGCUGAAGAAAAUUUUGGAAGGGCUUCCAGAACCACAAUUUAGCUCAGAAGAAUACAUGAUGCUAUACACCACCAUCUAUAACAUGUGUACUCAAAAGCCUCCUCAUGACUAUUCCCAGCAGCUGUAUGAUAAAUAUAAGGAAGCAUUUGAAGAUUAUAUUGGCUCUACGGUACUGACAUCAUUAAGAGAGAAACACGAUGAGUUCAUGUUGCGGGAGCUUGUAAAGCGAUGGGCAAACCAUAAAGUAAUGGUUAGGUGGCUUUCACGUUUUUUCCACUAUCUUGAUCGUUAUUUCAUUGCUAGAAGGUCCCUACCUGCACUCAAUGAAGUUGGUCUGACUUGUUUUCGUGAAUCGGUUUAUGAAGAGGCUAAGGGUAAAGCUAAAGAUGCUGUUAUUGCACUUAUUGAUCAAGAACGUGAAGGAGAGCAGAUUGAUAGAGCAUUAUUGAAAAAUGUCCUUGGUAUAUAUGUUGAGAUCGGAAUGGGACAGAUGGAUUUCUAUGAAAAAGACUUUGAAACUGACAUGCUUGUUGAUUCUGCUGGUUAUUAUUCCCGGAAAGCAUCAAACUGGAUUGUGGAAGAUUCAUGUCCUGAUUACAUGUUGAAGGCCGAGGAUUGUUUAAGAAGAGAAAAAGAAAGAGUAGCUCACUAUCUGCAUUCAAGCAGUGAAUCAAAGCUCUUAGAGAGAGUGCAAAACGAAUUGUUGGUGGUAUAUAGCAGUCAAUUGCUUGAAAAAGAGCAUUCCGGAUGUCGUACCUUGCUUCGAGAUGAUAAGGUGGAUGAUCUGUCGAGGAUGUAUAGGCUCUUCUCUAAAAUUCCCAAAGGAUUAGAUCCUGUUGCUAAUAUGUUCAAGCAGCAUGUUACUGCUGAAGGAAUGACUCUAGUCCAACAAGCUGAAGAGGCUGCAAGUAACAAGGCGGAGAAUGUUGGUGGUCCACAAGAGCAGGUGUUUGUCAGGAAAAUAAUUGAGUUGCAUGACAAGUUCAUGGCAUAUGUUACAGAUUGCUUCAUGAAUCAUACACUGUUUCACAAGGCCCUAAAAGAGGCAUUUGAAGUUUUCUGUAAUAAAAUUGUGGCUGGUUGCUCGAGUGCGGAGCUUCUGGCUUCAUACUGUGACAAUAUCCUGAAAAAGGGGGGUAGUGAGAAGUUGAGUGAUGAAGCAAUUGAAGAAACCUUGGAUAAGGUGGUUAAGCUCCUUGCUUACAUCAGCGAUAAAGAUCUUUUCGCGGAGUUUUAUAGAAAGAAACUAUCUCGGCGUUUGCUUUUUGAUAAGAGUGCGAAUGAUGAUCACGAAAGGUUGAUACUGUCAAAGCUAAAACAGCAAUGUGGUGGACAGUUUACAUCAAAGAUGGAGGGCAUGGUGACGGAUUUGGCAUUGGCAAAGGAGAAUCACAGUCAGUUUAACGACUACCUUUCCGGUAAUGCUUUUGCCAAUCCCGGAAUUGAUUUGACAGUCACUGUUUUGACUACGGGUUUCUGGCCAAGCUACAAGUCCUCUGAUCUUAGCCUGCCUGCAGAAAUGGUGAAGUGUGUUGAAGUGUUUAAGGAGUUCUAUCAGACGAAAACCAAACACAGAAAGCUGACCUGGAUUUACUCUUUGGGGACAUGCAAUGUGAAUGGUAAAUUUGAUCAGAAAACCAUAGAGCUGAUUUUGGGAACAUACCAGGCAGCAGCGUUACUGCUGUUCAAUGCUUCAGAUAGACUAAGUUACUCGGAUAUCAAGACACAGCUAAAUCUUGCUGAUGAAGAUGUGGUGAGAUUACUCCAAUCGCUAUCAUGUGCCAAGUACAAGAUUCUCAUCAAGGAGCCAGCCUCGAGAACCGUUUCUGAAACCGAUUCCUUCCACUUUAAUUCAAAGUUCACUGAUAGGAUGAGGAGGAUCAGGAUUCCCUUGCCACCUGUGGAUGAGAGGAAGAAAGUUGUGGAGGAUGUUGAUAAGGACAGGCGAUAUGCGAUAGAUGCGUCCAUUGUUCGCAUCAUGAAGUCGCGCAAAGUUCUUGGUCAUCAACAGCUGGUGAUGGAGUGUGUAGAGCAGCUAGGCCGCAUGUUCAAGCCUGAUUUCAAGGCGAUAAAGAAGAGGAUUGAAGAUUUGAUCACACGGGAAAAGCUAGUCAGCCAAUCACAAUCACAUUUUGUUAUCUCUGUGCUUACUACUACUGCUACUUGUUUUGGCUUUUACUACCCGUUGACAAUGACAUAUUGA